GCAGAGCUCAUUGAAGUGCUCUUUUGGAGGUUUGAUUCAACAUGAGCAGUUUGGCCAGUAUAGCACAGAUCCUAGCCACACUUCUCCUCCACAUUCCACUUACAGAGGUCUCGGACACUCUAAUCAUGACCCAAUCCAAUGUGAUAUUGUUUCAUGAUGUGUGGCAUCGGAGUUUGUGUCGCCCGAUGGAAAGGCUGGUGGAGGUGGAGCAGGAGUAUCCAGGGGUUGUGGAGUACAUCUUUAAUCCUCGCUGUGUGCCUCUUCAUCGCUGUGCUGGCUGUUGUAAUGAUGAACAAUUACUGUGCUCCCCUACCCGCAGACACAAUGUCACAAUACAGCUGGUGAGAAUAAACCCAGUACAGAGGACAAAGCAGUAUGUAGAGCUUUCAUUUUCAGAGCAUUGCUCCUGUGAGUGCAGGCCCAAACAGAAUCACAUAAGAUAUCAGAGGCAGAAGUUAAGUAGGCCAUACAGGAGAAGAAAGGGGAAAAAAGACAAAAAGAGAACAGAAAACACUACCAGGUGUCAUCAUUUUAGCUAAAUUCCAUUCAAUUUCCUCUUGUUUUAUUCAUACAUAAAAAGACAUGAACAGUACAUGCAUCUGGAGUCAAAGCCAGGAUGAGUUCUUCUCUCAGAGGAAGCUCUUACAGUCCACAGACAAUAAGAUAUCCAUACAGUAGUUCUAUGGGAACCAUAGAAUAACAGAGUGGAGGCUCUGUAAUCCCCCUCUAUUGUGUAACUUGCUUAAACCCACUGCUAUGAUGAGUGUGGUAAUGGAAAUGACAAGGAGACGUGACUUUUUUGACAAGAUGGAUGAACACAAAGGUGACUGCUACUCAUAUCCUUGUAAAA